AUGGCUUCCUGGGGAUUGAAGAGCUGCAGCGAAGACGAAUCAUCUUCGAUAAGCCGCAGCUCCAUUCAGGAGGCCCGUCAGUCAAGACUCAUCUCGAGGCAGCAUGGCGUUUCCAAGCACAGCGUAAGCCCUCGACGGAUUGACCCAGUUCUUUAUUCUAAACCAUUUAGGGUUUCGAUUUAGAUUUCUGGUGCCACCAGAUUCAUGAUUUCUGCAGAUUACGUUUCCUUCGUAUUCCUAAUUGCGUAGUUAGUCGUUCUCUGAACGUCAUCAUCUCGGCGAUUCAGGGCGAUCGAUUUAUCCCCAACAGAUCAGCAAUGGACUUCGACAUGGCCUUCUACCUGCUGACACAAACCAGGAAAGAGAAGGAGAAAGCCGCCGCCCUGGCCUCCCAUCCGGGGCAGACCUACGGGAAACUCCUGGCCGAGAGGUUGCUCCCGAAUAGAAAUCGGAUUCUGGCCUUCCAGGCGCGGCCUCCUGCUUCCUCCUCCACGGCCGAAGAGGUCUCCUUCGAUCACCAGCCCAAGUCCACGAAACAGACGAGAGAAAUUUCCCGGUCGGCAGAUCGGAUCCUGGACGCCCCGGACAUGACCGACGACUACUAUCUUAACGUGCUGGACUGGGGGAGCAGGAACAUCCUGUCUAUCGCCCUCGGCAGCGCCGUCUACCUGUGGAACGGCACCGACGGUUCCACGUGGGAGCUGACGAGGGCGGAGGACGACCUCGGAGCCGCAGCGAGCGUCUCCUGGGCUCCAGAUGGCCGGUACCUUGCACUGGGUCUGAACGGCUCCGACGUCCAGCUGUGGGAUACCGACUCCCAGCGACUGGUAAGUGGCCAGACCUCCUUCCCUCCCUGCCUAGAGGAUUUCAGGGUUUCCUUUUCUGACGAGAAUCGUCCUCUGUGUUUAUCCGCCGCUGCAGCUGAGGACUCUGAGAGGUGUACACCGUUCUCGAGUCGGAUCGCUCUCAUGGAGCAAUCACAUUCUGACGACGGGAGGGAAGGAUGGCAAGGUGGUGAACAACGACGUGAGAAUCAGGUCUCACGUCGUCCACUCAUACAGAGGCCACAGAGGAGAAGUCUGCGGGUUAAGGUGGUCUGGUUCCGGCCGGCGUCUGGCCAGCGGCGGCGACGACAACCUAGUCCACAUCUGGGACCUGCGCAGGGCAUCGACGGCCACUGCUCCGCGGACCUCCCAAGGUCCCUGGAUCCACAGGUUCGACAAGCAUGCCUCCGCCGUGAAGGCCCUCGCAUGGUGCCCCUUCCAGAGCAACCUGCUGGCCUCCGGCGGCGGCGGCAACGACCGGUGUAUCAAGCUCUGGAACACCGAGAACGGCACUUGCCUCGACUCGGUGGACACGGGGUCGCAGGUCUGCUCCCUGCUGUGGAGCAAGAAGGAGAAGGAGCUGCUAAGCUCCCAUGGGUUCGGUCAGAACCAGCUGACUUUGUGGAAGUACCCCUCUUUUAGGAAGAUUAUCGACCUCACCGGCCACAGUUCCCGAGUCCUGAGCACGGCCGUGGUAUGGACCAAAAUCCCCCCAGAUCCUGUCCGUUUAUUCCCAGCUGUCGUCUAUAAUGCUGGUAUGACGGCGAGAUAUCGGCUUCGCAGAGCCCGGACGGGUGCACGGUGGCGUCGGUGUCGGGUGACGAGACGCUGAGGUUCUGGAACGUCUUUGGAUCGCCGGAGACGACGAAGAGGUCGCCUCCGAAGCCCCCUCCGGACCUAGAGCCAUUCUCCAGCUUCAGCCGCAUCAGGUAA